GGUAGGGUCCUAGCUGCGGCCCAAGCAGUCGGGAGGAGGCGGAGAAGAUGGCGGACGUGUUGAGUGUUCUGCGUCAGUAUAACACCCAGAAGAAGGAGAUUAACGUAAAGGGGGACGAAGUUAUCUUCGGGGAGUUUUCGUGGCCAAAGAAUGUCAAAACAAAUUAUGUUAUUUGGGGGACGGGGAAAGAGGGACAGCCCAGAGAAUACUACACAUUGGACUCUAUCUUGUUCCUUCUCAAUAAUGUCCAUCUUUCCCAUCCUGUGUAUGUGCGACGUGCUGCAACUGAAAACAUUCCUGUGGUCAGAAGACCUGAUAGAAAAGAUCUUCUCGCAUACUUAAAUGGGGAAACAUCAACAUCUGCCAGUAUAGACAGAAGUGCACCACUGGAAAUUGGUCUUCAAAGGUCCUCACAAGCUAAACGAGCUUCAGACGAAAACUCUGCGGAGGCAAAGAAACCAAGGGUAGAGGAUGAGGAACGUGUCCGUCUUGACAAGGAGCGUUUGGCUGCUCGAUUGGAAGGUCAUAAAGAAGGCAUUGUGCAGACAGAGCAAAUUCGAUCUCUGUCGGAGGCAAUGUCUGUUGAAAAAAUUGCUGCAAUCAAGGCAAAAAUCAUGGCAAAGAAAAGGGGCACCAUUAAAACCGAUCUGGAUGAUGACAUAACCGCCCUAAAACAGAGGAGCUUUGUGGAUGCUGAAGUAGAUGUUACCAGGAGCAUUGUUAGCAGGGAAAGAGUAUGGAGGACCAGAACGACUAUUCUACAGAGUACAGGCAAAGACUUCGCAAAAAAUAUUUUUGCUACCCUCCAGUCGGUAAAAGCAAGAGAAGAGGGCCGUGCCCCUGAACAAAGACCUACUCAGACCACAGCACCAACAGAUCCAACAUUAAGGACCAAGCAACCUGUUCCAGCAGCCUACAAUAGGUACGAUCAGGAAAGAUUCAAAGGCAAAGAAGAAACGGAAGGCUUCAAAAUCGAUACUAUGGGAACGUACCACGGCAUGACGCUGAAGUCUGUAACUGAAGGUGCAUCUGCCCGGAAGACACAGGCUCCAGCAGCACAGCCCGUGCCAAGACCAGUCUCCCAAGCAAGGCCGCCUCCGAACCAGAAAAAGGGAUCACGUACACCCAUAAUAAUUAUACCUGCAGCUACCACUUCACUUAUAACCAUGCUAAACUCAAAAGAUCUCCUACAGGAUCUUAAGUUUGUUUCAUCAGAUGAAAAGAAGAAACAAGGGUGCCAAAGGGAAAACGAAACUUUAAUUCAGAGGCGAAAAGACCAAAUGCAGCCUGGUGGCACGAGCAUUAGUGUUACCGUCCCAUACAGAGUUAUAGACCAGCCCUUAAAGCUGUUACCACAGGACUGGGAUCGAGUAGUUGCAGUGUUUGUUCAAGGACCCGCUUGGCAGUUCAAAGGAUGGCCGUGGCUGUUGCCUGAUGGAUCACCUGUAGAUAUUUUUGCAAAAAUUAAAGCCUUCCACCUUAAAUAUGAUGAAGUUCGACUGGACCCAAAUGUACAGAAGUGGGAUGUGACAGUAUUGGAAUUAAGUUACCACAAACGACAUUUGGACAGGCCAGUGUUUCUGAGAUUUUGGGAGACGUUGGACAGGUACAUGGUGAAACACAAAUCCCACUUAAGAUUCUGAAAGACUGAUUCUGAAAGAGUUUUCAUUGACGCAUCGAACAGAUUGUUGCUCUGUACCUUCCUGGAGAUUAGGACUCUAUGCUGAACUGUAAAAUUAACCCAUCUGGAGCAAACCCAAACAUCUGCAAUCUUUUUGGUCAGAGAACAGAUUGCCACGACUUACAAUCCUAAUGGAUAUCAUACUAUUUUUAAAUAAAGUUUGCAUUGUCUGCAAUUCAAAUUGUAUAUUUUGAUAGCGCUGAUAUGUUUUAGAGAUGUUUUUUUUCCUUCCAGACGUGGGAUGCUGAUGCGUGUGUUAAUAUUACCUUCUGUUUAAAGUACGUGACACCACAGUUUUGAUUUUGCUUUUUUUUUUUUUGUGCGCAAACGUCAACUUCCAGAAAGCAUUUUAUUGUGCAUUUAUUCUGUAAUGUCUAAUUGGUUGUACGCAGAAUUGGACAUAUGCGCUAGGCAGGCAGUGCAGGACUUGUGCAGUUAUGAGAACUGCACUUUAGAGCAAACCAUUCAAUGUAUUUGUUUUGUGUUUAUCUAAAAGGUAUGGGUAAACAUUAAUAUUUUUUGAAGGCAAUUAUGAUUUCCCUCCUCCCACAAAUAUCUAAGAUUUAACAAAAAAAUAAAACAAGGAACAGAUGAUGAUUGUCUAGUGGUCUUUCGUAUGCUAAACCCAAUGUAUUAAUGUGUGUAUUUUUUCUAUUAUAAAUGUAUUCUACUUGGAAUAUUCCCAAA